CGGAACAGUCGCUGCAAAACCAGUCGUCCACCGCUCAGGAGCUGCGCCUCGAUCAACCGAUUUCCCUGAAUUCUCGGUAAAUGGCAGAAGCUGUUUCCUGAUUCAAACUCGGUCACAGUUACAGCAGCUCUCUUUCUUCGGGCAGACUGAAGCCAGAAACACCUUCCAGGACAGAAAUCUGCCCUUUUCGAUCGUCGCUCAGAAAACUUACUGCUUCGGUUUGUAGUCAGAUUUUUUUCUCUCGCUGAGAAAUUCAACCUUCGCUGGACGAGCUUCUACCAUCGAUCGUAGCUUUUUACGGUCUUUACGAGGUUUUGAGUCGUUCGUGUAAAUGCUGAGCAGCUAGUUUCUCAACCGGGAUCCAUCAGCGACUUUUCAGUUGCUGAACACUAAAACAGAAAAACGGCUUCAGCACUGAGGUAGCAGGAGGAGGAAAACCCCCAAAGUUACUGGACAUGGAGUCGAGCAAAGCUGGAGGCGUAAUAGCCUACAUCAGUUCAUCCAGCUCCGCCUCCAGCCCAGAGUCUUGCCACAGCGACUCUUCUAAUGGCAGCUACCAGUCGUCCUCGCCGCCCCGCGGCUCCUCGCCCAACCAGCUGAGCCAGUCAGCUGACCCCACGCUCACCAGUGGCCAAAAUCUUCCAGGGACUCAGAAAAGCGGACGCUCCUCGUCCGCAGCAAAGUGUGGCAUCACAAAAAUCAACGGCCUGGUGCUGCUGUGUAAGGUGUGCGGCGAUGUGGCCUCCGGUUUCCACUAUGGAGUCCACGCCUGUGAGGGCUGCAAGGGCUUCUUCAGGAGGAGCAUCCAGCAGAACAUCCAGUACAAGAAGUGCCUUAAGAACGAGACCUGCCCCAUCAUGAGGAUGAACAGGAACCGCUGCCAGCAGUGCCGCUUCAAGAAAUGCCUGAUGGUGGGGAUGUCCAGAGACUCCGUGCGCUUCGGCCGAAUCCCCAAGCGGGAGAAGCAGCGCAUGCUGCUGGAGAUGCAGAGUGCCAUGAACAACAUGAUGAACAACAGCCAGCUGCAAAGCCAGCUCCACAGCAGCCAGAAGCUGCCCAUCGCCAAACCGCUGCCGGCCAGCGCCACCGAACCUACCUCUGAGGACGCUGGCCCCGCCCCUUCCUGCUCUCCUUCCUCCUCACCGUGCUCCAGCCAGUCAGACUCCAGCUCUGACCCUGAGCCCGCUGUGUCUAUGGACACCAGCCCCAGCUCGAACUCGCCCAGUGCCUCAGACAGUGGCGAGGAGGAGGUGAUCGGUUCGGUGACCAGGGCCCACCAGGAGACCUUCAUGUACAACCAGGAGCAGAGCAUCCUGGCAGCUGAGCCCUCACCACCCACCGGCCCCCAAAAUAGUGGUUCUGCCAAAAACACCACCAGCAGCCACCGGCCAGAGGAGCAGCAGGAUGCCUGGAACCACCGCAACAACCUUGUCACCAUGGCAACCCACGAGCCCUCCUCCAGCCUGGGCCCUCAGGUUCAGGAGGAGAGCACCCUGAACCACUGCCCCUUCAGACUGUCCCGGAGCGCCGCCACCAGCCACUGUCCAGCCUACACACACGGAGCCUUCAGAGCUCCGUCCAUAGAGGGCCCAGGCAACGGAGCCUACAGCGCCCCCCUGUGGAGAGGAGGCAACAGGAUGUAUCUGGUUUGUCCGAUGAACAUGUCCCCUCAUGUGGACCCUCACAAGUCUGGACACGAGGUGUGGGAGGAGUUCUCUCACAGCUUCACUCCCGCCGUCAGGGAGGUGGUAGAAUUUGCUAAGAAGAUCCCAGGCUUCAGAGACCUGACCCAGCAUGACCAGGUCAGCCUGCUGAAGGCUGGCACCUUUGAGGUGUUGGUGGUGCGCUUUGCUUCACUGUUCGAUGUGAAGGACCGCACUGUCACUUUUCUGGGAGGUAAAAAGUACAGCGUGGACAUUCUGAGGGCCAUGGGGGCCGGGGACCUCCUCAACUCCAUGUUUGACUUCAGUGAGAAGCUCAUCAACCUGGGGCUCAGUGAGGAGGAGAUGAGCCUCUUCACUGCUGUGGUGCUGGUCUCUGCAGAUCGCUCCGGCAUUGAGAACGUGAACUCUGUGGAAGCCCUGCAGGAGACACUGAUCCGUGCAUUGCGAAGCCUCAUUACCAAGAACCACCCCAAUGAGUCGGCCAUCUUUACCAAGCUGCUGCUCAAACUGCCUGACCUGCGCUCGCUCAACAACAUGCACUCCGAGCAGCUGCUGGCCUUCAAGGUCCAUUCCUGAAGUUUCCUCCAGUACUUGACCUCCACACCCCAACAUAAACUUAACAGCACCCUGGAGGCCACCCGGAUCAGCUCCGCCUCACCUCCCACUCAACCACACCUACACCUCCAUGCUUCUCCCAUGAGGCUUUAGGUUCUGCUCCUUCAGUCUACAAACUGAACUUGACAUUUAAACGGGGGAAGAAGACCAUAAAAUGUUCUUGUACUGUACUGUAGGGUGUGACAGCCUGUGUGAUGGUAAUGCAUACAUACAGACACACUGAUUGAUGUAUAUGUUUCUUGUGUUUGUGUGUAGCAACUGUACAAAUGUUAGAAGCACUUUUCUGUAUAGUGUAGACUGGUAUUUUUGCAUUCAUAGUGCAAUAUGUGACUGCUUUUUGAUUUGAGCUGUACAGCAAGGAGUCCAAACUUUUUUCAGUGGCACACAUUAAUUUGAUUAUUUGGUGCUGCGCUCGUGUGGUAUGGGGGGAAAACCUAAAAGAAGAAAAACUUGGAUGCUGAAUGACGAGGUAAAGUCCUCUUUAAAAAAAAAAAUAAAAAGAAAGCAGAUGACAAUGAGAGAAAUAUGGACGAUAGAUGCUUGUGUUUCUACUUUGGCCACCUGAGAAAUUUGAAUGUUUUAAAUUGAAUGACUUUGGGAAGAAGUCUUAUUUCAGGCUUUUCAUGCAGUUGUGUACAUGCUAUGCUGUGUUUUUGUCAGUUGCGGGUCAUCUAUUUCUAAAUUAUUUGGGCAUUGUGACAAAUCAAAUGUAUUGGUGUCAGAUUUCUACACAUGGAUCAGCAGAAAUGGUGACUGAACCAGUCAGAUACUGGACUAACAUGUUGGACAUUACAGUUUCCCUUCGCUUCAGAUAUUUUGGGGAUCCUAACGUCUGCUGUCGUAUUUGUCCCAGGUCACCAGACGGCACAGAAAACGUUGUCUCGGAGUCACCAGCAACUCCCACCUGCUUGAACGAAUUUAAUUUCUGUUUUACAAAACUGUACAGACUUUAGCUGAGUGUAGUUCAAGAGAAUAGGUAGGACUAUUCCACAUAAAAUAUGAUUGUAAUAUCACUGAAGUGAUUGUAAUUUAAAGAAAUAAGCUGAGUCGAGGUGACAGCCGAGUUGCUGGUGUUCAGAUAUUUUUUGCGAUGCCAUCGUUUUGUUCUGUGUCGAUGAAUCCAGAAUGUCUGGCCUUUAAUAUCCAGAGCUUCUGUCAUUGUGUUAACAUUGCUGACAUGUGGUUCUGUUCUCCUCUGUGAAAGGAUUGCAGUAUGCAUAGAUUUCUAUAUAAAUAUAUACAUACUAUCAUACAUACAUAACUGUAUAGAUGAAUAUAUCUAUAUAAUUAAAUUUUAUAAAUGCAGUAAA